AUGGGCGCUGGCCAGUCCAAAGCGGACACAGAAGAAAAGGUCUUUUACAACGAGACGCCCAUACAGUUCUCGCAGGAUGUUGUGAACCACCUUUCAGAUCGCUCAAUGUCACCCGACACCUCGCCAGAACGGCAAUCCACACUUGAUGCCCACGUACGUGCUCGCAUACAGGCAGAGCUGCAGCAUCUACGAGCGGAAGAGGAAAGUGUGCAGAGGGAAAUUGAACUCGCUCUUGAAAGGGAGAACAUUGACCGGGAGAAGUCCUCAGCAGGCGGAGAGGUUGCCGAGGGCGAUGUCAAGAACAGCAUGACGUUGAUGGGGGAUCUUGAAGAGAUUCGUACCAAGGUGGACAGAUUUCAGACCAGGAGACAGCUCAGCGAUUAUCCUGCGGUCAAGGAAAGCGGCGAAGCAGUGGUGUUAUGCUAUAGACAAAAUCCUACCGCACCAUUGGACUGCUGGCGAGAAGUGAGGGAGUUUAACGCUAGUGUAGCUCAAGCGGAAUUGCAACAUCUCGCUUCUCUUAGGUAG